AGUAAUUAAAAUUUGGUGGAAUAUCCUCUCUAGAUUUUAAAAACCACCAAAUUACUGACAAACAGCGUAAAUUCUGAUUUCUCAUUUGCUCAUUUUCUGGACGCGCGUAGACACUCUCUCCGGCGGCAACAUCCUCCGUCUCCGCCGAAUAGAAGCUAGGGUUUCAGAGAUCGCCGCCAUAUCUCCUCUCCCUCCUCGAAACCUUAUAUAAAACCUAGUCAGUUAGGACCAUGAUACUUUUGCCUCUUUCUGAUUCAUGUAUUUUUGCUCUAGGGAUACAAAAAACUAUUUUGAAAGGUGCCGAAUAGCAAAUAGCUUAAUUGAAGGUGAAUUUAGAGGUGUAGUGUAUUUUCUAUUCAUUUUCAGGAAAAGGGAAAAAAGGAAGUGAGGCAGAAAUGAUGGAUUAUGGGGCAGCCGAACAAGUAGGCGCCGUGUUUUACGGCGACGAUCAAGAGGAAGAUGAACUUCAGUAUGAGGAAGAAAACCAAACACAGCACUAUUCAGUAGCUGGAGGAGAUCCGGGGUUGCCCCGCCCAACUCUCUGCUUUGAUGAUAGCGCUCCAAACCAAGAACUGAAGCAUUCAACCGAUGAUUCCUCUUGUUCAGCUGGAAAGCUCUUUGUUGGAGGAAUUGCUUGGGAAACAUCCGAAGAAACUUUUAGCAGGUACUUUAGCAAGUAUGGAGAACUAGUUGAUUCUAUAAUAAUGAUGGAUAAGUUAUCGGGAAGACCGCGAGGUUUUGGAUUUGUUACAUUUGUUGACGCAGAGGUUGCAAAUAGGGUUCUAAAAGAAGAACAUGUAAUAGAUGGUCGAGUGGUGGAAGUAAAGAGAACGGUACCUAGGGAGGACAUGCCACUUAGAGGAGGCUCUAAAACAAAGAAAAUAUUUAUUGGUGGUAUUCCGCUCUCUUUAAAUGAAGAUGGAUUGAAGGAAUAUUUCUCAUCAUAUGGCAAUAUUAUUGAGUGUCAAAUUAUGGUUGAUCACAAUACUGGUCGGCCCAGAGGCUUUGGUUUCAUAACGUUUGAUAAUGAAGGUGCUGUUGAAAAGGCUCUAUCUGAUGGGCACAUGCAUGAAAUUAGUGGAAAACAAGUUGAAAUUAAGAGGGCCGAGCCUAAAGGAGCUGGUGGUAAUCAUCCAAGUGAGAGUAGAACGCGUCGUGGUGGGAAUAGUUCAAAAUCGUAUGGCAAUUUUAACAAUGUCGCAGAGGAAUAUGGCAUUGGGUAUGGUGGAAAAAUGGGAAAUGCUUACGGUGGGUAUGGAGGCUAUGGUGCUUAUGGCAACUAUGUGGGGAAUUAUGGAAUGAACUCUGCAGGAAUGUAUGGUGCAUAUGGAGGAUAUGGGUAUGGGUUUGGAUUUGGUGGGGCUAUGUAUGGUGCUAUGGGAUAUGGAGGGAACCCCUAUGGGACUUCUGGUAAUUAUGCUGGCUCCAGUGGGUAUGCUGGUGGUAGUGGUAAGGGAUAUGGCAGUGGUGGUGAUGGCAGUUUUGGAAGUGGCAGGGGAGGGGGAUAUGGAAACAGUGGCGCUGGAGGAGGGAGGUUUCAUCCUUACAAGAAGUGAGAUAUUGAACCCUUUUUGACGUUUUUCUUCUUAUUUAUUUUAAUUGUGUUUUAGAUGAAAGUACUUUUGUUCUCAACAACUAACCAGUUGUGUAGAUGUAUUAGUUGUCUUGAUUAUUUCGCUAUAUACUGCAUUGUACCGUUGAACAAACCCAACUGCUUUGUUAGAUCCUUUGUGGUUUCUUGGAUUGGCAUAUUGUGGAGACCCCUAAUUCCUCAUUGCAGGUAUGUUAGGCAUGGCCACAGAUAGUUGAGACUUGAGAGCAUGCAAUAUUCUCAUAGAAUUGUGUAUAGCCAACUCUGAGUCUUCUUUAGAACCAAUUCUUGUUGUAUUUACAUACAUUAUUUCUGGUAGCUGACUGAAAAAAGAUGUAGCAUUUCUGGUGUAUGUGUUGGGUUGAUCAUGGCAGUGAAUCUGUGUUCAUGUAUGACGUUUUGUGUGUUAUUAGCUCUGACUAUGCUAGGAGUAGGGAG